AUGUCUUCAGGUCAAUAUUACACAGAAAAGGAUGCUUUUUUCGUUGAUUCAAGUGAAAGUAUAAAAAUUGAAGUCUUUCAUUAUCCUCCCGCCAAUAUAAUAUCGAAUAAUCCUCCUAUUCUAUUCAUUCAUGGAUUAAGUCUUGCGGCUUGGGUUUGGGAUAAUUUUUGUCGUUGGUUCUCGAAUAAAGGACAUGAUUGUUACGCUAUGAGUUUUCGAGGACAUGGACAAAGUACAAAGACUCCAAAGAAAGAUAAAUGGUGGUCAAUAAAUGACAUUACAAAUGAUGUAUCAGCCGUGACUGAUGCAAUAAUUGCUAGAACUGGUGAUAAACCUGUUCUCGUUGGACUUCAAAAAUUUGGGCAACUAUGCCGAGAAUCACAACCACUUCCACGGGAUCGACAAGAAACGAAUAAUUUCUUCCGAGAAUCACGACCGCACGGAUGGAUUUCUUCCACGGAUCACUACCGCUUCAGCAGGAUCGAUAAAACGGAUAGAUUACUUCCGAGAAUCAUGACCGCUUCAAUGGGAUCGAAAAAAGGGUAUAUUUCUUCUACGGAUCACGAUAACUUGCUUCGGGAUCGAUAA